AGUGCGAGAGUUGCUACAAGCAUUUACGACACGGCUUGGUAUAAGAGAGAUAUCAGCGUGCAAAAGAAAGUAUUCCGCAUUAUUUUGAGAUCUCAAAAACUUGAAACUAUUGGGAUCAGCGGUGUUGUACCGCAACUUUCGCUGUCUCAUUACGCGAAGUAUCUAUACACAUCUUUAUCGUACUUUAACGCACUGCGUAUUAUGGUCGGAGAUCCAUCUUCACUUUAAGCUCUAUGGAGGAAAAUAUAUUACGAAAGAUAUCCAUGGAAGUAAUCGCAAAUUGUAUCUAUGAGAAUCUUCAUGAAAAUUUGUCUUUCAUGUAAACGAUAUACAUAUAUGAAGAAGUUAUGUGACGUACAAAGAUUCAGAUGGCCAAUUUACUGCAGCAAUGGAGUUUUCUUCUUUUAUUUUCUACAAACAUGAUUAUGUUACUAUUGAGAAACGUUAAGUUGGUAUGAUCCUACGAGCUAAGUUGGUACGACUCCUAACGAUGCUCUUUUGUCUUAGGAGUCGACCACGUGUUAAUUAUCUAAAUACAUCCGGUGUGUUCAGACGUUUUGUACGAG